GGGAAACAAAUCUAUAGAUACAGGGGAAGUCGGUUUCUGUUUUCGCAUAGAUAGAAUCGGCUGAUUUGUUUAUGUUUGGGUGCAUUUCUUAAAACGCUCGAUUUCUAAUAUGCUGCUUCAUUUACAAUUUGGUGGAGGCUGGAUCCAUUUGCCCAGCUCUGACUCUUGAUGCUUGAUUUUGCUGGUGACCUGAAACCUUAUCACUAUUACAAAACUAUAUAUGUUAAAGAUAAUUUGAGAUUUGAAUAAGCAUGUCUAACAAGGAUCAAGGUCUAAGAGUUUCUGCUGGAAACAUGCAGUCUCAGCAGCAGCAACAACAGCAACAGCAGCAGCAGCAGCAGCAACAACAACAACAACAACAGCAGCAGCAACAACAACCACCCUCUCAACAACCACCUCCUCAACACAUGUCUUCUCAACAGCAGCAACAAGGGCCACCUCAACAACCAUAUCCUCAAGAUAAUUUGCACAUGUUACAGAAGGCAAUUAAUACUAUGGAAGAAAAAGGAAUGCAAGAAGAUCCGAGAUAUGCCCAAUUGAUGGCUAUGGCUAAUUCUAGAAAAACUGUUCAAAGUCCAGGUAUACCCUCUAGUGGAGGACAUAGUCCUGGUAUUGGUCCUCAUCCUGGAUCAGGAGCUCCCAGUCCAAGUAUGGGACCACCACCUCCUCCUCAACAAAUGGGACCUCAUGGAAUGAAUCCUUCUUCACAACAAUCGCAAAUGCCUCAGUCAUCACAUCCAUCUGUUGGUGGAGCACCACCUCCUCAGUCUCAAAACCAAAAUUAUCAAAUGGCUCCACAACAUAUGGCACCACCACCUUCACCAUCAGGAAAUAAUAUGAACUAUAUGCCAACUUCUCAGAACAACAUGAUGGCUUCUCACAUGGGUCCACAAUCUCAUGUAGGUGGUCCACAGCAACAUUCUCAGAAUUAUGUUACUGCAUCUAGUUACCAUCAACAAGGGUCUCACUCUGCUCCAAGUGGUCAAGGACUUAUGGGACCUGGUACUAGUCCUAUGCCACAAAACAUGGAAGGUAGUGAACAGUCUCACCAUCCCCAUUCUAACUAUAGUAGUGGGCCUAUGAAUGGAUCUCAAGGUUCUCCACAUCCUGAUAAUAGUUCUGGCCCUCCACCUGUUUGCAGUCCCAUGCCAAAUCAAGGAUCUGCAGCACCUAAUCAGAAACCAUCUUUAUUAACUACUGCACAAAUAACACAAUUGAGAGCUCAGAUAAUGGCUUACAGAUUACUCUCAAGAAAUCAGCCUGUUCCAGAAAAUAUAAUUAUGGCUAUCCAGUCUAAGAGACCAAUGCAAAGCCAACCAGUUUAUGCUCAAAGACCUCCUGGAGCACCAUCACCAGGUCAGCCUAUCCGUACUCCUAUUCCGCAGACCCAGCCUCCACCUCAAAAUAUGAACAACAACAUGAUACCACAGCAAAUGCCACCUUCACAAUCUAUGCACCCUCAUAUGCCUCAGCCAUCUAUGCCUCCACCUCAGCAACAACAAACUCCACCUGCUCAAGUUGCACCACAACAUCAACCCAUAAAUGCACCUCAGUCUGCCCCCCCAAUGCCUAUGCAAGGACCACCAACUAGACCACAGGGUCCUCCAAAUACUCAAGCUGUUCAGUUACCUUCAAUGAUGCAAAUACAGCAGCAGAAACAAAAUCGAAUAACCCCUGUACCAAAACCUCUAGGUAUAGAUCCACUUGAAAUUCUAAAAGAGCGAGAACACAGACUGGCUGCUCGAGUAGCUUUGCGCAUUCAAGAAUUAUCCUCUUUACCUGGGGAUCUUUCUGAAGAUAUUCGCACUAAAGUUAUGAGUGAGCUAGUAGGCUUGCGCUUACUUAACUUUCAAAGGCAAGUUAGAGCAGAAGUAGUGAGUUGUAUGCGACGUGACACCACCUUGGAAACUGCUUUGUAUCCUAAAUUGUAUAGACGUACUAAGCGUCAGGGCUUAAGAGAGGCUAGGAUCACAGAAAAAUUGGAGAAGCAGCAAAAGUUAGAACAAGAGCGCAAAAGACGUCAGAAACAUCAAGAAUAUUUAAAUGCUAUUUUACAACAUGCUAAAGAUUUUAAAGAAUAUCAUCGUAAUAACAUGGGAAAAAUAGGUAAAUUGAAUAAGGCUGUAGUUACCUACCAUGCGAAUACUGAAAGAGAACAGAAGAAAGAACAAGAGAGGAUUGAUAAAGAACGUAUGAAACGUUUGAUGGCAGAAGAUGAAGAAGGUUAUCGGAAACUCAUUGAUCAAAAGAAGGAUAAACGCUUGGCAUUUUUACUAUCGCAAACUGAUGAAUAUAUUCACAAUCUUACUGACAUGGUCAUGCAGCAUAAAUUAGAACAAAAGAGGAAGCUUAAAGAGAAGAGAAAAGCUAAGAAGAAAAAGAAGAAGAAACAACAAGGUGAAAAUCCAGAAGGAAAUGAUUCUUUGCAAGAAGGACUUAUUGAUGAAUGUUCUCAACAGAGUGAUCUCAGAGUUAAUGUGAUUGAAACUGCAACAGGAAAAACUCUAACUGGAGCUAAUGCACCUUUGGCUAGUCAAUUAGAUGCUUGGCUUGAGAUGCAUCCAGGUUAUGAAGUUGCACCUCGAGAAGCUAGUGAUGAUGAUGAAGAUGGUGAUGAAGAUACUUCUGAUUCAGAAGAUGAAGACGAACCAGCUAAGCCACAAAAAGCACAAGUUCCAGUUGAACGUACUGGUGAAGAAGCUAAACAAGCACUCAACUCUGCUACGGCUGAGGAUGAUGAAUAUAUGAAUUGUGGCGGGUACCAGAAUUAUUAUAAUAUUGCUCAUGCCAUUGGUGAAGAAGUCAAAGAACAAGCUUCUGUCAUGGUAAAUGGUAAGCUGAAAGAAUACCAAAUCAAAGGUCUUGAAUGGCUUGUUUCCCUUUAUAAUAACAACUUAAAUGGAAUUCUUGCUGAUGAAAUGGGUUUAGGUAAAACUAUUCAAACAAUUGCACUGAUUACAUAUUUAAUUGAAAAGAAGAGAGUUCAUGGUCCUUAUCUCAUUAUUGUACCUUUGUCUACUUUAUCAAACUGGAUGCUUGAAUUUGAUCGUUGGGCGCCUUCUGUUAUAAAAUAUGCUUAUAAAGGGUCUCCAAAUAUAAGAAGACAAAUUGCUUGUAGCUUAAAGGCAACAAAGUUUAAUGUUGUAUUAACUACGUAUGAGUAUGUAAUAAAAGAUAAAGCUAUUCUUGCCAAAGUUCGUUGGAAGUACAUGAUAAUUGAUGAAGGUCAUAGAAUGAAAAACCAACACUGCAAACUUACACAAAUUUUGAACACUCACUAUACUGCUCCUCAUAGAUUAUUAUUAACAGGAACACCAUUGCAAAAUAAAUUACCUGAAUUAUGGGCUCUGCUGAAUUUCUUAUUGCCUAGUAUCUUUAAAUGCUGCAAUACCUUUGAGCAGUGGUUUAAUGCUCCAUUUGCAACGACCGGUGAGAAAGUAGAAUUGAAUGAAGAAGAAACCAUUUUGAUUAUUCGACGUCUUCAUAAAGUUUUACGUCCUUUCUUGUUAAGACGUCUAAAGAAAGAAGUAGAAUCUCAGUUACCCGAGAAAGUAGAGUAUGUUGUUAAGUGUGAUAUGUCAGCUUUGCAACGUCUACUGUAUAGACAUAUGCAGACAAAAGGAGUCUUGUUGACAGAUGGGUCGGAGAAGGACAAAAAGGGUAAAGGAGGUGCUAAAACCCUUAUGAACUCUAUUAUGCAGCUAAGAAAGAUUUGUAAUCAUCCUUUCAUGUUUCAAAAUAUUGAAGAAGCCUGUGCUGAACAUAUGGGAUUAUCCAAUUCUAUGAUAUCAGGACCUGAUUUAUAUAGAGCAUCUGGUAAAUUUGAAUUAUUAGAUCGUAUAUUACCCAAACUUCGUAAAAGUGGCCAUCGCAUAUUACUCUUCUGUCAAAUGACAACACUAAUGACCAUUAUGGAAGAUUAUUUAGGAUAUAGAGGUCAUCCAUAUCUCCGACUUGAUGGAACAACUAAAGCUGAAGAUAGAGGCCAUCUUUUAGAAUUAUUCAAUGAUCCUACUUCCCCAUACUUCUUGUUUUUACUGAGUACGAGAGCUGGUGGAUUAGGCUUGAAUCUCCAAGCAGCUGAUACAGUUAUAAUAUUUGAUUCUGAUUGGAAUCCACAUCAAGAUUUACAAGCUCAAGAUAGAGCCCAUCGAAUAGGUCAGCAAAAUGAAGUGCGAGUAUUGAGAUUAGUUACUGUCAACUCUGUUGAAGAACGUAUUCUUGCAGCAGCUAAAUAUAAAUUGAAUUUGGAUGAAAAAGUUAUUCAGGCUGGAAUGUUUGAUCAAAAGUCUACAGGGACUGACAGGCAUCAAUUUCUUCAGGCUAUACUUGCACAAGAUGAAGUUGAUGAAGAAGAAGAAAACGAAGUACCUGAUGAUGAAACCAUAAACCAAAUGAUUGCUAGAAAUGAGGAUGAAUUCGAAUUAUUUCAAAAAAUGGAUUUGGAUCGCAGGAGAGAAGAGGCUAGGAAUCCAAAGCGUAAACCUCGUCUAAUGGAAGAAGAUGAAUUGCCUGCUUGGUUAAUCAAAGAUGAUGCUGAAGUUGAAAGGCUGACAAAUGAAGAGGAAGAAGACAAAAUUUUUGGUCGGGGUAAUCGGCAAAGAAAAGAAGUUGAUUAUUCAGAUUCCUUGACUGACAAGCAAUGGCUGAAAGCUAUUGAAGAUGGCAAUCUUGAUGAAAUUGAAACUACGAAACCGAAAAGAAAAGUGAAAGAAGGUUCUUCAUCUGCUGGUAAGAAAAGGAAGAAAGAAAAAGAGUUAGAUGAUGGUGAACCCGAGAAGAAAAAGAGACGUGGUAGACCUCCAAUGGAAAAAAUGCAACCUAAUCCACCUAGAUUAACUGUGCAAAUGAAAAAGCUGCUUGAUAUUGUAAUUCACUAUAAAGAUAGUGAUGGAAGAGUUCUUAGUGAAGCUUUCAUGCAUUUACCUUCUAAGAGAGAAUUGCCUGAUUAUUAUGAAGUUAUUAAGAAACCUGUAGAUUUGCAGAAAAUAAAAAAUCGCAUAAAGGAACAUCGGUAUAGAUCAUUGGAUGAUUUGGAAACAGAUUUCAUGCUGCUGUGCACAAAUGCCCAGACCUACAAUGUGGAAGGCUCUUUGAUUUAUGAGGACUCUAUAGUUCUUCAGUCUGUUUUCACUAGUGCUAGGGAGCGGUUGGAAAAAGAUGGAGACUUAUCCUUUGCAGGUGGGGAUUAUGAAGGUGACAGUGAUAUGGGAGAUGAACCAGAAGAGAAAACUCGAAAAAGAAAACCGAGACAAACUAGUACUAGACGCUUUAUUAGUGAUGAUGAAGGUUCAGACAGUGAUAAUUAGUGUUCUUUACUAUGUAGAGGAGUAACAUCAUACACAAUUGUUUUUGCAUUUCUUAUUACUUUUGUAUAUAUUGUCACUGGUAAAGUUUGCAAGAAGAGAUGAAAGACACUUUACCUAGUGAUAUUGUUUUAGUUUUCUUUAAAUUUAGAAAUAUUGUUGUCUAUAUUUAUUCAUGUUUUAUGAAAUUCGUUUUUUGUUUUUGUUUUUUGUUUUUUUCAUAUAUUCAUCAUUCAUUAUAAUCAUAUAUAAAUGUUUUUAUUUACUUUUGUUUGUUGAAAUUUAUAUAUGUUUAAAUUUUAUAAAAUAGCAAAACUUUGAUAUCAUUUAUAGAAUGUUUUUAGAAUUUAUAUGUUUGUGCAAUCAUUUUCAAAACUGUUAUAUUUAUUCCCCCAACUUGCUACAUUAAAAUUUUUUAAUUGUUUUUAGGAAAUCAAAAAAUUACAUGUCAAUUUUUUAUAUUUUUAAAUUAAUUUUGACAAUUUUAUUUUAAAAUUGGUAAUUUU